GAGGUUAUCAAUAAUGGCAAGGGUUCUUGCGGAAAGAUGAGCUGCAGAGACAAAGCUCGGGAGAAACGACGAGACGUGCGUAAGGACAUCAGAAGCGGACUAAAAGGAAGAGGUUCCCACCUCCAACGGCUACUUCAGAUCUCUCUUUGCAGCGAAGAGAACCAGACAACAGCCAUGAAAGAAGUGGGGGAUGUAAUAAUUGAUGUCGAAUGUCUUACACAGCCACCUGAAAUAUGUUGCUCUGGAAGUCCAAAGAUGUCUAGGAAGGCUCUUUCGCGAAAAGGUUCAAUCCACAUGGAGAGACACACAGGUGGGGAGCAAGAAGCAUAUGAUGCAUUAAAAAAUCUUGUUAAAGCUGUACCUUCUCACAUGGAGCAGUUGAAACAGCCCCCUGUGCCAUUUAAAACUCUUCAGGCUGCACAAUCUGCACCUAAUAGCCCUGCUUUCUCAGAUCUGGGAGAAGGAAGGACCAAAAGAUUAAACCGUUUAACCACCAUUCAUCCACGGAAGAUUCUUCUAGUCUUUGCGGCCAUGUCGAGCAUUGGGACAAUGGUUCUCAUAUAUUUCACACUCGCGAUCAGGCGAAUAGAUGGAGCUUAACUCUGAUCCUGAGGUUUGCCUUUGAGAACAACAAAGUUGUAUGUGUGAAGUUGUCAGCAACACAACACAUGGACCCAAUUAUGACCUACAGAGGGAGCUGAUAAACCUUCUACUGGUAGUGAUCAUUGAUGGAAGAAGCAUGAUGACAGAGAAAGUAACCCACUGCUCUCUACUGUAGUAUCCUGGUGUGAAGUCUUUACUGUAAAAGCUGAGAUUGGUCAUGUGGAGCAGUGAACUGAGACUAGGAAGUCCUCAUUGGACCACCACCCAAUGCUAUUCUGAGUGUGCUUGUAUUAUUGAAUGCUGAAGGGUUCUUAUUGUACUUUGCAUGGUGAGUAGAUGGGUAAAUCUUUGCUAAAUGUGUUAUACUGGUACAGAAAUUGUGACACAAAGAUGCCAUCAAAUUAAUUGCCACUCACAUUUAUUAUUUACUUCCUAAUAAAAAGAUCCUUAACUCUUUCUCUCUUCUCA